AUGUCUAAAAAACCUGUUGUGGAGCUGGUAGAUUUAAAAUAUAAAACUUUACGGACUGAUAUUUCUAACGACCUUGGCGAUGAAUACGGAAGUGAUUGCGUGCGACUUGGGGAAAGGAUGGCACUGCCUACGGAUUCCACCGAUCCGGAAGCGGCCCUCCUCUCCAGUGUAGAUAGUGACGGCAGCUCGAUUGCAGCCGAUAGGCCCCGCAGGGGUAAAGGGAAGGGUGGGUCGACUGAUGACCCGAAACCACUGGUUCUUAGCGGCAAGAACCAGGGGUCGAAGGCUCAGGCACCCCCCAGACCGUACAGGGCUGGAGGAAGCCUACAGAGAAUGGGAGAAGACCUGAAUAGGCAAGUAGAGGGGGUGGUGAUGCUCACCUCGGAAGCAGAGUCCGACUGCUCCGGAAUGGACACUGCCAUCUCCUUCUCUGAUGGAGGCUCUGUCACAGACGGAAGACGGAGAAAGAAAAGAAGUGCCCCGGAUGCAAACAGCAGUGGCGAGUCGGGAGAUGGUUCCACCGUCUUUGCACCCACACCGAAGAGGACUGCCAAGCGAGGCAGAGGCAGACCGCCUACUACUGGGCAUUAUGUCGGCCUCGCCAAGGCAAAAGAAGCCCUGGUAAGUGCCCAGCGAGCGGAGCUCGAAGUACAGGACGAAACGGAGGUUCUCGAGUCGACCAGAGAACUCGCGGCAGUCCCUGCGGACUGUCUCGAGAAACGGGUGGAAAGCGGCGUCAAGGUUAUCUUAGACGUCGCUCGCAAGUCGAAAAACCUUAAGGGCACUUUCGUUAACGCCCUUAAAAAGGCUGCCACACAGAUCGAGCAAGCUGUGGCAGCUAUGGCGGAGAGAACCUGUGAUGAAGAGGUGCGGGUCCUACGUUCCGAGAACGUAGAACUAAGAAAGAGGGUGGAGAGUCUCAGCGAGGAGAUGGUCAAGCUCCGCGAGGACCUUGGACAUCUCUCCGCGGAGCGAACCCGCGCCAAAGCGCCCGAGUCACAGUCGGAGGAAAGGAGCGUGGCGGAUCAGCGGUCAGCUAUGAUAAGCGAUAUCGAGCGCAUAAUCGAUAUCAAGCUGGCCAGGCUGGAAAACCGCCUGCUCCCACCGUCGGCAUUCCGACCGCCCCUACAGGCGGAUCUAAAGAGACCUGCUCCGCAGGCUAGCGGAGCCAAAGCCCAAGCUCCAAAGGCAGCUAAAGCCCCAACUGCCAAAGCAGCCAAAAAGGCUGCACCAGCAGUGGUUCCUCCCACCCCUACGCCCACACGCGGCAUAGCGACCCCUUCACAGGGGUCGCAGCCAACUGUGGAGACGUGGAGCGAGGUGGUGAAGAAGGGGAAGAAAGGGAAGAAGGCACGCAAAGCCAAUGCCACUUCCGCAGCCCAAACCACGUCCAGCCAACCUCCGGCGAGCCAUGUAGGUACUACAAGGCCGCUCGGAAAGGUUAAGCCGACAACGUCGGGGGGCAAGCGGAAAGAGAAGGCUUUGUUGCGUCCACCUAGGUCAGCUGCGGUUACUUUAACCCUGCGGCCAGAGGCGACCGACGGCGGCCUAACCUAUGCUCAGGUGCUAACAAAGGCUAGACUGGGAGUUGACCUGAAGCAAUUGGGCAUCGAUGGGCUCCGCUUCCGGAUGGCUGCCACAGGGGCUCGGGUCCUUGAGAUCCCCGGAAAGGAGAGUGGGGAAAAGGCUGAGCUCCUGGCGGCAAAGCUGAAGGAAGUCCUGCCUGAUACUGUGAGGGUGGCGCGCCCCGUAAGAUGCACGGAUGUUGUAGUCUCUGGGCUGGACGACUCUGCUACAGCGGAGAGUAUCACAGCGGCGAUCGUCGAAGCUGGGAAAUGCUCCGCUGAGCAUAUUAAAGUCGGUCCCAUACGUGUUGGGAUAUUUGGAGUGGGCAGUGCGCUCGUCGAGUGCCCUGUCGAAGCGGCCAAGUCGCUAGUGGAGAAAGGGAGACUCCUAGUCGGCUGGAGUGCGACCCGGGUGCGGACACUGGGGCCUAGGCCAAUGAAAUGCUUUAGGUGUUUCGAAAUUGGGCAUACUGGGCUCCAGUGUCAGUCGCAGGUGGAUCGCAGUCGGAACUGCUUCCGCUGCGGACAGGAGGGACACACGUCGUCAUCGUGUACCGGCGACCUCCACUGCCCCGUUUGCAAGGCUGCAGGGAAACCUGCAAACCAUGCAACCGGGGGUCGGAAGUGCGCACGACCAAAGAAGGGCAAGAAAGGGACUGCCAGGACCCCAGUCUCUAGCCAAACACCAAGGGCGCCGCCUCAGGAGGCGAUGAUGACCGGUUAG